AUGCGAAACAUGGAUAGCGGUGAUGUUUGGGGUAACUAUAAAAUUAUCGGUGAAGAUGCAUCGGCAGCACAAGAGUCAGGAAAGGGGACCAAGUCGAAGAAAAGACCGCCUUUAGAUAUCAGUACUAUAUCCGCCAAUGAUCUACGACCAGAACCUAUUAAGACGAUUCAUCCGUCAGUCCCAGGAUUGUCCUAUGGUCUUGAUAGGGUCCUGUUCAAUCCUGGUGUCUAUCACUUACAAGAUCCUCGUUCCCGAGUCUACAAUUUCGACCCAUAUCUUUCAGAGAUUAUGCCAAUUCAAGAAUUUGACUUCAACGCUCUAAAACAAUAUGUUACCUCUUCUAAGGACUCUACACUUAUUGGCAUCGCGAAAGAGCAUGGCAAGAGAUACACGGGUUCGACCUCAAGUAUGACAUCCAUGCUUUCUCACUUCCACUAUCUCCUAUCGUCUUGGCGAGAAAUCAACACGUCAAUGCUGUCAAAGGGUUUCACCACAGACUCUCUUCAGUUCACGAAGAUUAUGAAAGGUCCGGCGGCAGUAUUCUUGCAUUGGAAAGAUGGCACUUACGCCAUAGAUGCCGACAAGGAAUUUGAUACGGCCAAUAUCUUGAGCAUGCUUGGGAAAUCCAUGGAGAAACUUCUCACUCUCUCCAAAGAAGAAUACGAAAGGUACAGACAUAUCAACUCUGACCAGAUCACCGAGGAAGAGCGAAACGCCGAAGAAGCCUUUCACUAUACCAAAUUCCUUGAUUUCAUGAUGCGUUCACAACUGGAUGCGCACGACCCAAGGGUGCCUGGGUCAGGUAUGUUUGACCUUAAGACCCGUGCAGUUGUAUCCAUUCGUAUGGAUGCCAAAGGGUUUCAAAAAGGUCUCGGCUACGAAAUUCGUAAUCGAUUUGGCCAGUGGGAGUCAUUCGAACGAGAAUACUAUGAUAUGAUCCGUUCCGCAUUUUUGAAAUAUUCUCUUCAAGUCCGUAUGGGUCGAAUGGACGGUAUAUUUGUCGCAUUCCACAACACCCAACGCAUCUUCGGCUUCCAAUACAUCCCAAUAAGUGAAAUGGACCUUGCAUUGCACGGAACAUCAAACAUCACUCUCGGUGAUAGGGAAUAUAAACUCAGUCUUGCCUUGCUUAAUGAUAUUCUGGACCGAGUCAGCAAGAAGUUCCCAGAGCAAUCUCUACGAUUACACUUCGAGACGAGGAUGUCAGCGAACGCACCGUUCAUGUAUAUUUUUGCGAAGCCAGUGUCUCAGGAAGAUAUUGAUGAGGUUCAAAAUGCUAAUAGGGCAUCUAUCGACGCGUUUGAAAGGGAGGUUCUUGGUUUAGCUAAAGAGGAGGCGGAAGCAGAGGCAGAAGCCGAAGCUGUAGCCGAGGCUGAAGUUGAGGCUGAAGUUGAGGCGGAAGCUGAAACGGAAAUUGAAGCUGAGUCUGUCGAUGAAAACGAGAACAUAGCUCAGGGAGAGGCUGAGGGAAUUGAAAAACCUGCCUCAUCUCAGGAAAUGUCGAGUCUGGCUGCUUGGAAUGAAGUACGUCAGAUGGUUGAAGAUGCUGUGGAUGACGACGAAGUCGGCGUCGGCGCUGUGCGGGAAGCAAUCGAAGACGCUCUGGAACAGAGCGGACUCCUUCACGCGAAAUCAUCCACUGAAGCGCGGGGGUACGUUGAUGCUUUACUUACCGCCAUCACCAAUAGCAGAUCUGUUAAACCAGAGUCGACAUCGAGCGCGCCAAUCGAAGGAGAGGUAACUGCCGAUGAGGAAGACCCUACUUCCACUCAAGAGAUACCGGAGCCGGAAUCAGAUCCCAGUAGUGAACAAUCCGUAUCCGAACCUGAACUUGAUACAGAACAGUUGCAAAUCGAAGAAAAGUCCGAACACGCCUCUGGCGAAGGUGAGAAUGCAGAUUCUCAACCAGAAGAAGCAAGCGUACAACAAAAUGAUAGCUUAGAAACGCAGUCAGAGUCUGAAACAUUUACAUUACCUGCGUCUAACGAUGAGCCUAAUAAUUCUAUAUCUGAGUUAGAUAGUUCAGCCUCCAUCGAAGAGACGUCGUCACAAGUACAAGCUGACGUUAGUACAACCAGAGAGGUUGAAGAAGAGGAAGAAGACGAGGAGGAAGAAGACCAAGAAGAAGACGAAGACGAAACUGAAGAUAUUGACGACGAAUUAGAGGAAGGGGAAUCUAAGAGAGAUCUCAAUGCGGCUUCAUCUAUGUCGCCUUUGAAAGAUCUCAUUGUGAGAAUGGCCCAAAGGAUUGACGAGAGAGUGCUUUCUGAUCAAGCCGAGGGCUCCAUAGACGAUUCGUCCAAACUUAAAGAAUUUGAGCGGAUCCUCGGUCAGCUCAUUGCCCGCUCCAAAGAAGAACAGAUCGAACCUCGAACCGAUGGCACUAGUUCUAUCUCAGGGGCUCCAAUAGAACCGGGGAUCGAAGGCCAAGCAGAGAUCCUUGAGUCUGGGGCAGAGAAAACAGAAGAUACACAGGGUGCUUCUCCAGAGUCGGCCUCAGAAGAGACUUUGGAAGAUGCUACAUCAGCUGAAGAGGAGAUCGACCAAAAUCUACUAGGUCUGAUCUUAACAAUCAGAAACAAAAUUAAUGGGGAAUAUGUAACACGGCCUGAAAAAAUAGUUAAGACUGAUGAUUGGGUUGUGGAGUACAACGUCGAGGAGAUCCCGGCCAAGCGUGCCAAUAUCAUCUACCGACAGUGCCAAGCAAGGCGGCGCCAGGUAUUUGAGGACACGGGCAACAAAGAAUCGCAAUGGUACAAGAUGUUCCGCGGCAGCCUCGAGCAACACACGAUGGCAGGCCGUAGGUUUAGAGCCUCGGAGACCAGGAAGGCCCAGAAGCGCCCCGUACAUGUUGUUGGCCAGGAGAAGUCGUUGCAAUGGGAAGAAGUGUUUGGACAGCCGGAAGCGCCGAUGCCGGCUGAGGAUCUGGUCGGGGAUCCAGUCGAGGAUUUAGUCGAGGAUUCGGUCGAGGAUGAGAUAGAGGAUGAACAUAAAAAAGAGGAGUAG